GACUUUGAGGAAGAGUGCUGCUGGGCGCAAUAUCCUGCUGAAAGAAGCCACUGCCAUUAGGGAAUACCGUUGCCAUGAAGGGGUGUACUUGAUCUGCAGCAAUGUUUAGUGCAUCCUGGUGCCAUCUCUUCCCCAUGAAAUCGACACGCACACACCGGGCCGUCCACAUGAUGUAAAAGAAAACAUGAUUCAUCAGACCAGGCCACCUUCUUCCAUUGCUCCAUGGUCUAGUUGUGAUGCUCACGUGCCUAAUGUAGCUGCUUUAGGCAGUGCACAGAGGUCAGCAUGGGCACUCUGACAGGUCUGUCCCCAUGCCGUUGCCACAAAGUUUGAAGCACAGAAUUGUCUAGAAUGUCGUUGUAUGCUGUAGCAUUACAAUUUUCCUUCUCUGGAACUAAGACAUGACAUGACAAUGCCCCUGUGCACAAAGCGAGCUUCAUGAAGACAUGGUGUGUGAAGGUUGGAGUGGAAGAACUCGAGUGUCCUGCACAGAGCCCUGACCUCAACCCCACUGAACACCUUUGGGAUGAACUGGAACACCGAUUGAACCCCAGACCUCCUCACCAACAUCAGUACCUGACCUCACUAAUGCUCUUGUAGCUGAAUGAUCACAAAUCCCCACAGCCACGCUCCAAAAUCUGGUGGAAAGCCUUCCCAGAAGAGUGGAGCGUAUUAUAACAGCAAAGAGGAACUAAAUCUGGAAUGGGAUGUUCAACAAGCACCUGGUCAGGUCGAUUUGAUUUGGACGCUCCAUCCUGCUAUAGAUUUCAUCCAUGAGUGUGCUGCUGGUGGAGGCUUUCUAUGGCGGCUCUCACAAGCAGCUGAUAGACCUUCUUCAGGAGGGUGUGGACGACUGUGUGGUUUACACGUUGCCUGCUAAGAAAUGGCACUGGAGGGCCAGAACGGCAGCGCUGCAUUUCAUGCAGGCUAUCCCAAGCAGCCAGUCAUACAGGAUUUUAUUAACAAGCUCUGUGCUUAACCUCGCCGAAUUGGUGGCCCUGCGGCCAGACCUCACUGCUCUGAAGAAGAUCCUCUACUUUCACGAAAACCAGUUGAUUUACCCGGUCCGCAAAAGCCAAGAGAGAGACUUCCAGUAUGGCUACAACCAGAUCCUUUCGUGCUUGGUGGCAGACGUGGUCCUGUUCAACUCCGCAUUCAACAUGGACUCGUUCCUGUCCUCCAUCUCCAGCUUCAUGAAGACGAUGCCCGAUCACCGACCCAAAGGCCUGGAGCAGCUCAUCCGGCCCAAAUGCUGCGUCCUUUACUUCCCCAUCCGCUUCCCCGAUGUCACAAGAUUUCUGCCUGAACACAAGCUCCUGCUAAGACAAACCCAGUCUCGGCAUAAUAUCAGCUCGCAAGGUUCCCAAAAGCAUCCUGAAAUAGCAGCAGCUAGCUCCACGAUGUCUGAAAAUGAGAAGGAACAAAGAAACGAGUGCGAUGCAGAAGAGCUGGAGCAGCGACAAGCGUCCAAGCGGUGUUCUGAUCCAGAAAGAGGACUGCCGCGGCCCCUGCACAUCGUCUGGCCCCAUCGUUGGGAACAUGACAAAGACCCCGAGCUGUUUUUCCAGACCUUGCUAAAACUGAGAGAGCGAGAGCUGAGCUUUGAAGUGUCCGUCCUCGGGGAAACAUUUACCGAUGUACCAGACAUCUUCGCCGAGGCUAAGGAACAGUUGGCUCGCCACAUCCGCCACUGGGGUUUCAUGCCCAGUAAGGAGGACUACCUCAGAACGCUGUGCCAAGCAGAUGUUGUCGUUUCCACGGCCAAGCACGAGUUCUUCGGCGUGGCCAUGUUGGAAGCAGUGCACUGUGGUUGCUACCCACUGUGUCCGAAGGCUCUUGUCUACCCAGAAAUAUUCCCUGGUUCAUAUCUGUACUCAACACCUGAGCAACUUUUUAAGAGACUUCAGGGCUUCUGUAAGCAUCCACAUUUAGCAAGACAACAUGUUAUUCAGGUGAACACGAGAAGGUUUUCCUGGGACGCUCUGGAACAGGAGUACAGAUCUCUGUUGACGACAGGUUCCAGCAACACGUCAUGACAGAUGUGCACGUAUACAAAAUACAAUAUGAACCUCACUCAGGAUUGACACUCUUCAAUUAAAGUGAAGUAAUGUGGAAGGACAAUUUUAGCAGCACUUUAUCAAGAGAAUCACAUAUUAUCAAGUUUUAGCAAGUUUUUUUAAUCGCUUAAAGCUCUCCAUUUUCAACUGAUUCCAUUUUAUUCUCUUAUUAAAAUUCAAACUUGAACCUUA